AUGUCUAAUUGGGCUGACACCUCUUCGAGCUCCGUUCACGUUUCCUCAAACGCCGCAAAAACUGCCCAAGACCCUGACACCGCCAACGUUAUGAUAGCCGCCAAAGAUAUGAUAGCUGCUACUGCGGCCGCUCAAGUCUACAAGAAGAUGGUUUUCGGCCUUCCGACCGUGGUCAAAAGUCCUCUGGCCGCCAAUCAAGCUACUGAAACCAUCAAACCCCCACCGCGACCAAAGAUAUGA